UCGCCUUUUCUUUUGUCGGGUCUCCCCCUAUAUGACUCACCACCCCGAAACCUUGAUCUGGGAGUUCUUCGUUUCCUGAGAUCUUUGCCACUGUAUAAUGGACGAGAUAUACCAAUGCAUUUCCAAGGGCGACAUACCCCAACUCAUAGCCUUAGCGGAAGACCUCGAACUGCGGAAUUCUCUGGUGCUGUCCUCUCCCAUGGAUGGGCCAGCAGGGGCGGUACCUAGCGGAAACGAACCCAGCCUAUACUCGGUUCUCCAACUAGCUCAUCUCAUUCAAAAUGACCUUCCUGCCGCUCGAUUGGUCGCUAAACGAACGCCCAGAGAUCAACAAACCCCCGAGUUCGCAGCCGUGACUACAGUCGCAAGCCAUUUGUGGAAUCGGGAUCUACCUUCCGUAUAUUCAGCCAUGGCGUCGACACAAUGGUCAUCAAUACUGGAAGUCCUAGUGCUUCGACUUAGGAAUGCAGUUCAGGAGCGAACAUUUGCUUUGAUAGCCAAUUCCUAUGAAAGCAUUUCCGCUGUGGAUGCUGCUGCAUUAUUGGGACUAGGGGCACCAGCAGAGGCCAUGGAAUUAGCAGCCAAGAGCGGGUGGGAUGUGGAUCAGGCCGGGGGAUGGCUGCGACCUCCUGGAGCGAAGGGAGAUCUCCGACAACACCAAGGUCUCGCUAAUGGGAAGAGUCUAUCGGCCCAGGGACCGGGCCUUGAAGAUGUUGGAAGUUUGGCUAAAAUGAUUGUACAUUUGGAAAGCUUUUGAGUAGUGGAAACAUUGUUCAAAUUUCGAUGAUAAUUGUGAUGUGGGAAGAACGUAUAAUUAGUCCACAAUUCCGAUUAUUGCUCGGCUAGCAGGCUCUAAAAGAGCAUAUCCAGAGUUGUGCGUAGCAAUGUUACAUUAAUUUAACUUCGGGAAUAAUGGUUUUCUCUUCUCCGGC